AUGUAUGCCAAUAAAAAUUACGAGAGCGACAUAGACACUACGUACAAGUUGAAUCGAUUUAUAUUCUCUCUGUUGGGCAUCUGGCCGUACGUGCGAACAAACUGCUGGCUUCUGCAGGAGCUAAAGAGGACCGCGCUGAUCCUGGGAUUCUACUUUCUUCUUGGUUAUGACCUCCUAUCUAUGCUCUUUUACAUAUUCAUUGUGCAGAAUGAGAUGCGCACGAAGCUGAAAGUGAUGGCUUCCGUGAUAUUCUCGGCUGUGUCAAUCUCUAAAUACCUCAAUUUGUUGUAUAUCAAGAAUCAAGUGAAGAAUUGCUUGGCGCUUGUCGAGGAGGAUUUUCGAUAUGUCGCCAGUUCAACCGCACGUGACACGAUGCUCUUCCAUGCGAGAACCGGCAGACGUUUGUCCAUUUUGUUCAGUAUAUUUAUGUAUACCUCCACAUUGGCGUAUCGAACGCUUAUACCCAUUUCGCACGGAAAGAUCGUUACCGCUGAGAACGUCACGAUCAGGCCACUGACGUGUGCCGCUGAAUUUGUAGUGUUCGAUCCUCAGCCCAGCCCCGUAUACGAAAUCGUGUUUUUCGCACAGUGCUUCACGGCGUUGAUUAAAACCACGGUGACGGUGGCAGCUUGCGGCAUCGCGACGCUCUUCGCGAUGCACAUUGUUGCACAGUUGGAAAUACUAAUGGAGACACUGAAUAAUUUGACGAACGAACACAAACUUGGGAAUGCGAACCGGGUGUUAUCGGUUAUCGUGGAUCAUCAAAUAAAAACGCAAGAGUAA